AUGGAUUGCUGCAACAUGUUAAGUUGGAAUGUUAGGGGGUUAAAUAACAAGAAUAAGCAGCAGGCAAUUUUGGAUGUCUGCAGACUGAAUAAAAUUGGUCUUGGAGCUUUGAUUGAAACAAAAAUAAAAGGGGAUAGAAUAAGGGAUAUUAUGAACUCAUCUUUUGCUGGUUGGAAGUUUUAUAGCAGUUCUGUGCUGGAGGAGCAUAUUUUGCUAAUUUGGAAAGCUCAAUUGGUGAUGGUUGAUAUUCUUCAGGAGAGUGAUCAAAUUUUACACUGUAGAGUUAAUAUGCUUGGUAGGAAUUUGGAAUAUUUCCUCUCGAUGAUCGUCUUGGUGGAAGACCUUAUUUCUGUUAAGGAAAUGGAGGAUGCUCGUCAGUGGUUAGCUUUAGGAGAGGCAACUGAAAUGAAGACGUUGGGCCCAUAUUACACUUGGUCUAAUAAGCAGGAUGGUGGAGCUCGUAUCUUCUCCAAGUUGGACAGAAUAUUUGCUAAUGAGAGUUGGAGUGAUGUCUUCCCGUUGGCUAUAGCUUAUGCUCAAUGGGAUGUGGUUUCUAACCAUUGUUAUCUGCUUAUCAAACAGGUGGAUUUCAGAAGGUUGGGAGUGAAGCCUUUUCGAUUUUACAAUAUAUGGGUAGCUCAUGACAAAUUUAGGGAGACUGUUCUUAAUAGCUGCAGGCCCAAGAUGCUCUUUAUUCAGAUCCUUUCAAUGCCGACUUACUGUCAAAAGAAAAAGAAGCCCAGUAGGAUUACUUCAGGCAUGAGAAGAUUUAUGCCAACUUUCUUCGUCAAAAAAGUUGUUGAUUAUUUUUUUCAACAUUUUAAGAGUCAUUUGGGGAUUGCUAGCAAGUCUACUGGUCAAAUAGAUCCUGUUUGUAUUAGCCAUGGUCCUGUACUGAGUUUGGAUGACCAGUUGAGCCUAAUAAAAUUGUUUACUCUCCCAGAAGUUCGGUCAGCUAUGUUUAGUAUUCACUCAGUCAAAAGUCCUGGCCCGGAUGGUUAUGGGGUAGGGUUCUUCAAAGCUAUAUGGAAGGAUAUAGGCAAGGAAGUUUAUGUGGCUGUUUUGGAUUUCUUUGACUCAAGCAGAAUUCCCCCGUUGCUUAAUGAUACUAUCAUCUCUCUUAUCCCGAAAGUGGAUCAGCUAACAAUUGCUUCUGAGUUUAGACCAAUUGCUUGUUGCAAUACUAUUUACAAGUGCAUUUCGAAAAUUCUUUUUAACCGGUUGGCUAUGGUUCUCCCUUCUCUGAUCAAUCUUAAUCAGGGUACCUUUAUAAAACAUAGAUCUCUGGCUUACAAUGUCCUCAUUUUUCAAGAUCUGAUUAAGGGAUACAAUAGGAAAAAUAGCUCACCCCGUUGUGCAAUGAAGCUAGACUUGAGCAAGGCAUAUGAUACUAUUGACUGGGAUUUCUUGGAAAAUUUGCUCAAUAUGUUGUGCUUUCCAAGUCGGUUCAUCAAUUGGAUUAUGGUUUGCUUGAGAAUAUCGUCUUACUCUUUGGUUCUAAAUGGUAGGAUUCAAGGGAAGUUUAAGGGUGGAAAAGGGCUUCGGCAGGGAGAUCCUACUUAUCCUUUGCUAUUUGUUAUAGUGAUGGAGUAUCUCACCCGCCUUCUGAUUAAGGCCUCCAUAGAUAACCGGUUCAGAUUUCAUCCAAUGUGUAAGUCUUUGAAUCUAAUUAGUCUUUGUUUUGCUGACGACCUCAUUAUCUUUUGUAAAGGUGCCAUUUCCUCUGUUCAAGUUCUUCUUGAGGUGUUUUCUGAAUUUGGUUGCUCUUCGGGUCUAAAGAUUAAUUACUCUAAAUCUCAUAUCUACUUUGGAGGUGUUCUAGCUGAGAUUAAAGCUAGAAUUUUGGCCUGUUCAAAGCUUAUUGAGGGUGUUUUCCCACUGAAAUAUCUUGGGGAUCCCCUUCGUCCUACCAAAUGGAAGGCCACUGAUUGUGAUAUUACUUUUAAGAAGAUUCAGAUGUGUCUCAAUGUCUGGUCCAGUCGCCAUCUCUCUUAUGCUGGUAGGGUCCAACUUAUUCAUUCUAUUCUGCUUGGUAUUCGAAAUUAUUGGAUGAGUAUAUUCAUGCUUCCUCAGAGUGUUGUUAAGAACAUUGAUAGAAUUUGUCGUCAGUUCCUUUGGGGUGAGAGUGGUUCCCGCAGUAAGUUUCAUUUCACCUCUUGGGAGCAAGUUUGUCGUCCUAAGUCUUUUGGUGGUUUGGGAUUUCUUGAGGGGCCUAUUUGGAACAAAAUCUCACUUGCCAAAUAUAUUUGGGCUAUUGAGUCUAAACAAGAUCAGCUUUGGGUUAAGUGGGUGAAUUGCAUUUAUCUGAAAGGGGCUGUUAACCAGCAUCUGCUCACUAGGGACUUGGUGUUUUCUUAUCAUAUUUCUGUUGCAUCUGUGAUAUGCCCACUAUGUGGUCUCGCUGGUGAAAGCCAUGGUCACUUAUUCUUUGAUUGCAUUUUUUCUAAGAAGGUUAUGCACCUUGUCUCUCGCUGGCUUGGAGGGGCUACCUGGCCUGGUAAUUUUGAGGAUUGGAUAGCUUGGCUGCCCAGCUGGAAGUCGGAUUGGCUUCAUCAUAUAGUGGCUGCAACACUUGCUGCUUGCACUUAUUUCAUCUGGUUAAAUAGAAAUGCUUGCUAUUUUCUUGAUAGUUGUUUUACUGUCCUUAAAGUUGAACAAUUGAUUAGGCAUUCUGUCAAAGCUAGAGUUCUUAAUAUUACUUCUAGGCACCUAUCUACUAGAGAAAGGCAAAUGAUUGAGUUUGUAAAAUCUUUGUAA